AUGAUUCCUUUUGCUCACAAGGGCAAGAGCAAACGUCCCAAGUUUCUGUUCCAGCUCAGAAUUAGUGAACUCACCAAUAUCCCUCAAAGCUCUGGAUACUGUUUUGUCAAAUGGCACUUUAAAGAUGGCACCGGAACUACCAGUCAUUCGAUGGUGCCAUCGCCGUCUUCACCGUCGUCUGCUUCGCAAGAUGGUACGCAUGUAAUACGUUCAAGCUCGCAAAAUCGUGGGGCUACACCUCGUGUGCUUGUCAAACAUCAUCGUGCUAGUUGGGACUACACGUUGCCCAAACCGGUGCUUGUAAAGCUCACUACAGACAAAAACCGGAUUUUGCAACAUAAGGAAUUGGUCUUGGAAGUGUAUUUUGAGUUUUUAGAGCCGGUGGGGUCAUCGGCGAUUGAUCGGGCUGGGUCAUCAGCGGGAAGUGCAACUGAGCCGUCAGGAUCCACUUCCAACAGUGUCUACACUCAAAAAGUGUCGCGCAAAGUCCUUCUCGGUGUGGUUGAAAUCAACAUAGCAGAGUACAUCAAUCGUGAACAACGUCAGAUUCCUAGCCGGUUUCUACUUCAGAAAUCCAAAGUCAACUCUAUUCUGAGCCUUGCAAUUCAAAUGGAACUUGCACGCGGUAGUUUCGAUGAUUUUGAACCCUCACAGUUCUCCAAUUCGGGCCAGUUGCCCAACACUUUCCGAAACGGCAUAAGUGAAGUAUUUGACGCAUCCUCCGACUUCAGUUCUCCCAUCUCAUCUACUUUCACGCCUAAUGGUGCUAGCACCAGUAGCCCCACGAAAAAAACUGCAGACGGACAAGGGACGUUUCCCAUCACUAUCAAUAACCCAUUUGUCGAUAAGCUUUAUCAAAAAACUUUCCAAGUACCGUGGGAUCCACGACCGGGCGAACUGAAUCCCAAGGAGUGUGUCGAGGAUAUACUCGAUGGUGGCGACGGAUGGGCAAAGAAUGAAAAAGGCGUUAAUCUUAUAGACAUCGACGCAUUGCAUCUAGCUGAGCUAGAGAAAACCUACGACGAGAGUCAGAGACAUAUACCUAUGGAAAUGAAUCAUGGAGAAUUUGACAGGCGUGCAUUCGUAGAGCGAAGAGUAGGAGUUGACAGCCAUACCAAUACACAGAAAAGAGGUGUGGGUGAUCGUAAACCCGCCAACGCGUCUGCAAGCUCAUUAGUUGAAGACAUACCCGGUAACGGUGACUCGUCGUAUUUCAAGAGCUGGACCAUCAACAAGAUUUUACCUUAA